ACGAACGGCGCAAGCUGAAAAAAAUGCUAGACAUUGGUUGUAAGACAACUGCUGCUACCCUGUUUAUCUUCUGAAACUGUUGAUACGUUGUAAACUGCAUAUCAUGUUUCUGCGUCCCCCUCCAUAUUACGCUUGGAGCCUGUAUUUGCUACCUCGUCACCUUAGUCAUACACUGUAGAAGAAGCGACUUUCAUCUUUCAUCACGAAAUCAGUCGUAGAUGCCCUAGAAAGUUCAGUCGGUGUUGCAGUCGAAAAUGCCCCAGAGUCUCCCCUGAUAAUGUGGUGCUGAGUCCUCUACAACUUAGCGUCGAAUUUAUUAUUCCGACGAACUCCUGCAGCCCCCAGCAGAGCAACGUGCAGUAGCAUAGGGACCACUAUUGCAUAGCUGCGGCCGCCACGGAAAGCGAAAGACCAAGCGGAGUUACUUAUACGUAUUUUUACCAGUGGUGAGAAUAAAUAAUACCAAUAUCCUCCCGGCGGCGCGGCUCUGCAUUGAUUCCUGAUGCAGACCACAAUCGAGCCCAUCCAGGGGAUCCACCGGGCCGCUCAACAUCAGGAGUCGGAUACAGACUCCUGCGAGAACGAUGUGUCGCCACACUGGAAAAGCCGCAACAACGCCGGGUACAAUCCCAAUGACCUCCUACGGAACAGCUACAACAGAAAUAAUGUCGGGUUCGGCGCAGAGGUACUUCUACUUGCUUAUGUCCUUAGAGGAACGAGUUUGAUAUUGACAGACUGCAAAGAUGAAAGUAUCAAAGCACCACAACUCUCGUGGGACGAGAUAGUUGUGAUGUGCUGCGCAAAAACAAAACUUUCUGCCUUGGUGGAGGUUUGAAUGAGCAGGGUCGUUGCAUCAGUCUGCGUGUUUAUAUACACAAUUGAAAAUACUAGAGCAUGAUGAAUAUUUUUUAGUCUGAUCAGGGUGCUAGUACGACGCGCAACUACAGGACUCUCCGAAAGCUGACCCGGUGUUUCAGCGGCCCAAGGACAACGGGGCAGAGCCGCGCUUCGUGAAGCGGUCCUUCAAAGCCCCAGCUGGGGAUAUCGCACGAAAAAACUGUUUCAGUGUGAACUUGUGAUGAAGAGAAUGCCACACACACAUGUUUGUCUUCGCUAGAAAUGCAAGACCAUAGAUUUUGAUUUUAUGGAGGUUUCUCUCGGAAAGCGCGCAUGGCAAACUUUCUGUGACAGACUUCCAGCAAAAUUAUCAUGAUGAAAUAGUUUUUCUUUUUUUCGUGGGAUAGGGGACACGUCGGAGGCGCCAAGGACAAGUUUAAAUCAGGAUGCACUGCAGCCAGGAGCAAGCAUACCUCCAAAGCCAACCAUGCCCGGGAAACGAAAUAUCCGCUCCCUACGUGCAGACGCGGAGCGGCGUGCGUCGGGCAUGUUGGACAACAGUGGCAUGAUACAGGCAAACCCCGUGGCGCUGGGAAGUCUACCACCCUCUAUAGGCAGUGAGCAGCACCACGGGGCGGUAAUGGGGCACGAUUCGCAAAUCGCCCACUCAAGAGUACGCAGGUACGACCUUUUAUGCUUCUUGCCAGGAGUGAUUGCAAAUACGUGUAGCUAUAACAGUUUGCAUUUUCUACGUAUAAAUACGUGACUUCUGUUACUGUUUAUGUUUUGACAAGAGCCUGCAUGUGGCCGCUCGUGCUUUUUUAUUCACCAGAUGUAUCGUUGUAAUUCAGCUCGGCAGCUACCUGACAAACACAAAUGAUGAAAAACAUAAUGACUACAGUUUGUACGAAGAGGAGCCCCCCGCCCACACAAUGGACCAGCUGCAGCCGUCGGGGCCAUCAGAUCAAGUAAUACCCGUCGUGGUAGCGAACAAUCCACAGCACCAGCAGAUGAGCAACGUGCAUUCAGGUUCUUGGAACCCGCCGUCCCCUUCCCCACCGGCCCGACCAAACUUCGGUGGUCCGGUGCCGAUGUCAAGCUAUGGCAGCACUCAACCGCAGCAGCAGGGCGGAUAUCCCUGGCAAAUUGGUGCGCUGGCUCUGGAAAUAAACAAGUGCACCAAACUUGUGACGCGGCGUCCUGCCGCUCAAACUAAAUUGCAAUGAAGAUCAAUCUGCUUUGCAGCAUGAAUAUAUACAAGAUGUUGCCCACUACUUUCGGCCAUGCUGAGAAGGACUUUUCAUGCAAAAGAUGCACGACAGUCAAGGCCUUGCAGAACGUGUUAGGCCGCUAAGCCCUGCGGCGCUCCAGCAGAUUUUGAGAGGCCUGAAAAAGCUGCAUGACAACACCAUUCCAGACCCAGAGGCAUUUUCGCAUUUGAUACUGGCUUGGGUUCCACGAUUGUGGAAGCGGACAUGCGCGUGGUUUCAGAGAGCAGCUCAGAGGAAGACGAAGAGGAGCGGCGGCAGAUGGAGCAACACAUGCAAAACAGCCCCAUCAUGCAGGGCCAGCAGGUCAAUUUGCAAAUGGGCACGAACGGGCAGCUGAUGGGGCUUGAGCCGCGCGUGGAGCCCAUCGCGGAAGACGGCUCGGUGAUCCAAAUGGAGCAUCAAAGCCCCCAAGAGGUGGUCGUGAUCAAUCAGGAUAACCAGGAAAUCAACAGUGCCGAGUAUGUGAUGCGCACUUCGCAGCCGGCGCCAAACCAGGUAGUGUUUCGAAACGGAAAAAAAGUACCGUCUUUGCACGCCGCCCGGCCCCUCCACUUACCUCCGGAGAGGUUCGGCACCAGCGUGCAGCUUAGAAAAGAUUUCGUCACCCAACCUCUACCCUUCGCGGAUCGAAGUCACACAUUACAGGUAAUUUGCUCGUAGUGAGCUUUUUAUUUGUGGUUGACGUCAAUAAUUCAAAAACUCAUCAAAUGUCUACAUCCGUAGUGCUGUCUGCCGGUAAAAAAUUCCAAGACCUCUAAAAGAUCCUCAGAAUGUUCCUUCUCCUCGAUCAUUCGAUGAUGACGGAGGAGGAAAAGAGUGGAAUUCUUUGCGUUCAUGUUUCAUCUUUACCAUCCGGUGCAAUGCGAACAGGCGCGCGUUGUCCGAGUACGCGAGGGAUUGAGCGGUAAGCUAUUUCCCACUUACCAUCUCUGCAUUCGGAAUGGUCCCGGGGCCGAUGAGACCAUCCUUCUGGCCGCCCAGAAGCAAACCGGAAAACGCAGCUUCAGCAGCUACUACCUGAUAACUCUGGACCCACGCUGUUUUCAAAAGGGAGCGUCCACCUACGUCGCAAAACUGCGCGCAAACUGGGCAGGAACAGAGUACUUUUCAUUGUAUGCCUGUUUUACACCUAGUUUCGCAGUUAUUUUCCCAGCAAACAGCAACGACAACAGCGUCUUUCGACGCUCUCAGACUUUGGUACAGCUCGGGACCUCAGCUGCGCACGUAGAACUAGCGCUCGCACGAAAAAACGACGAAGGUACACUUUAUUUUCGGAUGGCGAUAACCCGAAAAAGACAAAGCGGCUCCGCGGGUCAGACAACGCUCUCUUCGACCCGAGCGCCGCGGUUCGAGAAGAAAUGCUUGCUAUCAAGUUUUCGAAGCCCGGCAACGCACCGAGAAGAAUGGUGUGCAUAAUACCAGGUACAGUAGGCAGCUACAUCAAAAUGAUGUGAUCAACGUACCACCUUUUCGAAUUUUUUGAAUAGGAACAAUUUGUCUUGCUCCCUGCUGCUUCGUUUGAAGAUGAUUUUUGGAGAAGGUGUAGGGCCCAAGCGAUUGAACGACCACCAUUAAGAACAUUGAGUAAAUACGACCGUGAUCUGCAACUGACUCAGGGACGAUGCCGGGCAACCCCUAUGAGAGGCAAAUUUUCCGUUCGAAGCCGUACACUAGUCUGAUCAACUACGCAACGGGCAAGGAGGUAGUGACCGAGGGCGAGGGGAUUGAUUUUUUGAAGUUUAGCAACAAGAUCCCAGUCUGGGACGCACGCAGACAGACUUUCACGAUAAAUUUCUACGGUCGCGUCCGCUUACCGUCGAGCAAAAACUUCCAAUUGGUGGAAAGCGACGGCGAGGAUGCACCGCCAGUUGUGCAAUUUGGCCGUUGGUUCGAGGACGUCUUCCACCUGGACGGAAUGUGGCCGUUUUCUGUGGUAAGUUCUGCUAACUACAGUGUAUAUCAUUGAUUUACAGUGUUGUCAUCUCUCGUCUAUCUUGUUUUUAUAUGAUGCUUCUGUGUGUACUACUAGUUUUUUAUUUGAACCUUUGAUGAUUGUGAUUUUCAAAUGCUUUCUGCAGUGGUCCGUCGACCAUGUCCGUCAAAGUUAAAUACUUACAGGGUCGUUUGGAGGGGCAAAAAUUUUAGUACGAAAGAAAAAUACUUCGUACUUCAGGUACGGCAUGGUAUGUUAGAUGCGAAAAUCAAAAUCGUAGGUACAAAUGUUCGCCUUGGCAUUAUCUACCUUCGACACGCGGCUCCAGGAAACGUUCAAGAUGACGUACUGAUGCACCACGCAAUCCCAGCGCCCGCAACUAAGGAAGGACUAUUUUUCCAGCGCAACGCAGCCUAUCAUCAAUAGACGAAGUAGAAGUUGAAGAAGCACAUAGUGACGCACCACACUUCAACGGAGGCAUCCUCUUCAUCCACAGUUGUUCCAACAGUGAAUUCAUCCUCUUUAUUUUACUUGAAUCCAAUUGCUUGAUGUUUUCCACGCGGAGGUCGUGUCGGAGUUGUCGAUUAUACUGAUACAUAGUGCUGCUGAACGAUAACGACUACAACAGCGGCAUCUUCGGCAUCGGUCCUUUUGCUUCAAAAACAAUAGUAAAACGCUCACUGAAAUAAAAUUGAAAUUGAGUAGGCCCUACAACAACGACCAGGAGAAGGCUGUAUUAAGACCAAGAGCAGUGCACGCAGCGCCAACAUGCACCAACAAAGGAGAUAAAAAUUUUAUUUGCAGCUUUGGAGCGCUCACGCAGUUUGUACAAAGCAAAGGGUCUUGUGCUUCUCGGACCACGAGAGGGAGGCGCCUCUUUCGAACCCGCACAACAUGUAACGCAAAAAGUAAAACCUCUUCAGUCUCCGACUGUACUUCAUAAUGUUUUCAGAUUUGGAUAAUCAAAUGCAGUGUACAGAGAUCAUGAGCUACCGCAUUAGGCCACGCAACCAUAUACAAAAAGCCUUGAGCGUUUACGAGACGACCAUGUACAAUGUUGAAAUGAAAACCGCGCGAAUAGCUUUUGGAAAAAAUUGAAUUUAGUCAGCAUUUCAUUGUUUCGCCCGUUCACAAGUUGAGGUCAUGACUCUCAAAACUGAUCGUGAAAAUCGGAGCUAUGCAGCUUCUACUUAACUUUUCGGAACAAGAAGAGCAGCCCGCUUUGGAGCUACAACUGAACUGAACCAUAGUUGCUGAAGUGACCUGGCUUGAGCAGGAUAUAUUUUUUUAUGAACGACUUGGAAGAUGAAUUUGAAAAGCUUGUGAUGGAGAAUUCUGUUGUUGAUCCGGCCUGACAAUAAUACACCUCAAGCCCACAACAGUAGAUUUCUGUUCCGCCCAGCUUGGCC